UACAGGUACUAUACACGCUCCCGAUCAAUUCCAAAAUGGCGUCCUUUUUGAAGCGAACUACUGCGUAGUGCGUUACGUAAAUGGAUUAAGUUCAGUUAUCGAGUUCCCUCAUUUUGCAGUAUUUGUUCAUAUCGUUGAUUGCUCAUCCAGGUUAAGUACAUCUUCCCCAUUUUCAAGUCCAAACCUUAGAAGCACCGAGCAGCAGAAAGUGUUUGAUCGGACACCAGGAUGAGUGGGCGUGGCAAGCAUCACCAUGGGCAGCAGCAACAGGAGGAUAAGGACAAGAUAGAGAUGGUAGGCGCUCGCAGCAAGCUGGAAGGGGUGCUACAGAACCUGGUGGACAGAGCAGACGAAGAGAGUUCUCCAACAGAGAUAGAACUUAGUCCCAUCAUCAAAACUGAGCCUGAACCAGAAAGUGAACCUACUGAAACUGCCUCGCCAGCCAAACGUGUGGUCAGCCGGUCUCGGAAGAGAAGGAAGCGAGAGUUGCCACCCUGCCAGGUAGACAGCGAUCUCCUAGAUGGGGCAAGGCUGCAGCAUUCCUACGUGAUGAAGCUGUUUGACCGCAGCGUUGACCUGGCUCAAUUUAGGUCCACGUCCUCCCUGUACCCAGUCUGUCGGGAGUGGAUGCUGAACAGGCCAGCUGGCCAGAGAUCAUCCAGGGACCGCACCCCAUCCCCUGAACCGCUGGACGACUCGGACGAGAAUUCCAGCCAUUCCAAUAUUUACCACCUGCCGAGGCCAACCAAGCUGGCAUCAUAUGUCAGGGAGGAGACAGGUCAAGACCCUAGGAUACCACUGCCCAUGCCAAGUGAUGAGAACCUGCAAACAUAUAUAGACUCCAAUCAAGCACCUUCCAAAGAGGAGCUACUGAAGAAAAACAUGGACAGAUGGAAGAAGAUCAGAACAGCGUGGAAGUCCAGUGCCCAGUACAACCAGGCCCGUUACAACGAGAGUUACGCCAUUCUGAAGACUAUGUAUGAAAGACAAUAGCCCCUCAAGCGCCCAGACUGCAUCAUGGGACCAUUGAGCUCACGGAUGUGUGUUCAUAUGAGCUACUGGUAUCAAAUAGCAUCACUGUAAAUGUCCAUCAUGAUGUCACCAGCAGUGGGCGCAUGUGUGACCUCUGACAUAGGGCUGACCUGGGGUCAAGUGCUGGUUCCCAUAUGUACUUGUUAUGCACCUAGAUGCCUCGCAGGAAUAAAACAAUUGUUUGAGAAAUAUGUUUCUGAUUGACAUCACAGUUCACAACAGGAGUGGAUUAUUAGCACUUGUGCGCAUCCAAAAACUCUGUGCUUGUUUUUUUUUAUGAUGAACAUAGUAUAGACUGCCACAUUUGUUUACAGAUUUGCAUGUUGAAUUAGCUUUGAAUUAGGAGUGCACACGGGAGGUAUGCUAGGAAUGUCUAGGGUCCAGGUGCCAAAAUUCCCAAGACUGUGUUUGAUGCAUCUUGUUGAUAGUCCACUCUACUGCUGCGGAAACUUGACGGUGAUAAAUUACCCAGGAUUGGGACUUCGCCACACCCACGGCCCUAAACAUAGUGCUGGGAAGGGCUAAUAUCCUGCCCAAAAUUUUUUUUGAACCGAGAGGAUUUCUCGCGAUUCAAACUCAUGGCACUACCAACUGAGCUAUCAGACUGCUCGACAAAUCCUGGAAAUUGAUGGUAUAUAUACCUGCACACUAUCAUAAAAGUACCAUCAUAAAGGCACUCAACAACCAUGUAAUGCGGAUGUUAUUUGGAAAAAAUUAAUUCGCCCCAAGGGGAGGGGGACAACAUUGUAAUCCAAUCUUGGACCAAGCCAGUGUCUGAAUCUUGUGUGUUCUGGCCAGAAAUGUGACCUUUUUUGGCAGAAAAAAAAGGACAAAGUCGAGAUUCACUGACGGAGCAUGGCCCAGCUCAUCUCACGAGAGAAGCUUUUCAUGUACAUGUAUUUUGUGAUUUUUUUAAAUUUAACACACUUCUGCUUGUACUUUUCAUAUAAGUUUGUGUGUCUUUUUCUAUCAAGAAUUACUUAGAUGUGUGACAAUAAAAGACAGCCAGAGAACAUGUUGAA